UAACCCUCACCGAUUAUACCCACAAUUAUCCCACCGAAUUAAAUUCGGACUAUCAGCAACAAGAACAACAACAUCAACAACAAACUUCAGCUGAAGAAGGUAAAAAACGUUUAGACUCUUAUCUUCUUAAACAAUCCAGUUUAGAUUGCUACAAUCUAGACAUACCCUUGGAUUCCCACUAUCACAGUGAAGCCAGACCACCGUAAAUUUGUAUAAACUUACGCCAAAAAAAUCUUUACUCUUUAACAAAUCACACAAAAAGAGAUUUCUAAAUCUCCCUCUCUUUACCAUGGUGGCUAUUGAACAUCGUUCUACAUCGGCUACAACUUCAACAUCCAUAUUAUCGCCCACCUCAAAUACUUCGGCCACUUCUGCCUCCACAUCGGCUGCUUCUACUUCUCUAUCCACCUUAUCCACCGCUACCGCCAAUACCCACAAGAAAAUGUCCUCAACUUCGGACUCAGUGUCGGCCUCUAAAUCAGCCGUUAGUCAGCGUGAUGUUGAGGUUAAGGUUUCCAAGAAAAAAGGCUCGACCACCGCUAACGCUACAAAUAAAGAUGCCACUGCCCUGGAAUUGUCAAAAAAGGUUUUGAAAUUGGAUUUAACGGGAAAAGAAGUGGAGGAGUAUUCCUCAUUGAAAUCGCCCAAAUCACCUAUAGUAGGCCGUUUACCGCAUCAAACUUCUUUAAAUUCAAGCGUUGACGUAGAAGAUCGUAAGACCUUAAGAGAAGCCCUUUACCAGGGCAUUUUCCAUCGUCAUCGAAGAACCAUUUUUGCCGUAGGCAGUUUUCUACGCAUGCUACGCAGUCGUAAUUCACAAUAUAAUACCAUACGUAGCUCUUCAGAGGGCGAGGAUAUCGAUGAGGUCGUCAGAUAAAAUACAAUGUGUGAAGAUAAUGUUAAAAAAACGUAAUAUUUAAAUAAGAAAAAACAGUGAAAAUAUUAAUUAUAUAUAAACUAAAAUAUAAAAAAAAUUAAUAAUUAAGUUAAUGUAUUUUAUAAAACCAACUAGUAGAAAAAAAAAAACUUUAUAAAUAUUUGUAUUAAAAGUAAAAGGAAGAAGAAAACGAAAAAGAAAAAUAAGUGGGAACAAGUUCUAAGAAUUCAAUUAAUAAUAAUUUCUUACUAAAUUUAACAAUACCCAAACAAGAAAAAACAGGUAAAUUAUUAUGGUUUACAAAAUUUAGUAGAAAAAUGUCUAUAGUUUUCUUUAUUUUUAGUAGAAUUAGCAAAAAAACACAAACAAAAUAUUAAAAAUAAAACUACUAAAGGCUUGAUUACUCAAACGUAAAUCUACAAACGUAAUAUUACGUUAGACUAACGUAUCUACUUAGUAGCUUUACAUUUGUGUUGGUUGCUUUUAAUUGGAUUUUUUUUUAAUAUUUUAUUGUUUUAUUAGUAGUUUUAUGUACUUAUCUUUAUAAAAAAUUAUAUAUUAUAAAUAUUUAACCAUUAUUUUGUGAUUAGAACAAGAAAAAAAGAACAAUUCAGGUUUUUAAAUUAGCAUUCCAUUUUGUUUUUUGUUGAUAUUUCUUAAAAAUUUAUAUUAUUUUGCACUUUUAUUAUAGAAAUUUUUUAUUAAAUAUAUUUAUUUAUAAAUAAAACUAACAAUUACCAAUAAUUCUUUGUAAUUUUUUAAAGAAAUCUUAAAAAAAUUAAAGUUUAAACAGGCACUGAAGGUUUGGUGUCAAAACAAAUGUUAAAAUGUCUAUAACUUUUGAAUUAUAAAUCAGAUUUCUUUUAAAUUUGGUAAAUUAAUAGAGGAGAUUUUAAACUUUGAUAAUAUUAUGUAAAAAGUAGAAAAAUUUAUAUACAGUUUUCUUUAAACUAAGACAACUUUUAUUAAUGGUAAAAUGUCUCUAACUUCUAAAAUAUUGCUUAAAUUUCUUUAAAAUUUGCUAAAUUAAUAGAAGAGGAGUUAAACUUUUAAGAUAUUAAGUAAAAAGUUAAAACUUUUAAGCAUAGUCAUCUUUAAACUAAGACAAGGUGCGUCACCUCUAAUGUAAAACUUUACAACUCUCGCUAAUAUACACUAUUUUAGUUAUAAACCAAAUAUAUACUUAUUAUAUAUCAACUGAAAGGAUAUUUUGUCUAGUUUUCAUUAAUAAUUAGCUAAUUUAAUUGAAAAUUAGGCAAAAAUUCUAAAAAAAAUCGUGUUUAAAUUGCCGGUAGUAUCAAAAUUCGUUUAAAACAAAUUCCAGACUUUCGAUGACUGCUAUUAGUAGGGUGCAAAGCUAAAAUGUUAAAAAAUUAUAUUCAAAUUAUUUCUAAAUUUGUGUACUUUCAGAUAAUAUUAACUUUUAUUUAUCCUUCUUAAUUAAAUUUUGAGAAAUAUCAAAAAAUAUAAAGGCCUCUGUUCAAAAUAACAUACAUAAUUUGACUAAUAUUAAAAAAAAACGUAUAAAUUUUUGUGAUUUUAACAAAUAAAAACAUUUGAAAGCAUGAUAUAUUGAAACACCUAAACCUCUUUUAUUACUUAACCAAAUUUCCAAGUAAUCUGAACAAUAAUUUAGUAAUAACUUAUUAAUAAACAUUUGUUUACAUCAAUUCCACUGUGUCAAAAGCAUUGUUUACAUUUUUUGGUGUUACCGGAUUACUACUACAGCUGUUGUUUACAUUUUUCUUGAGCAAUAAAAGUUGCCAUAUUAUUAUUAAUUAAAAACAAACGUUUUUAAGAAGAAUUAAAGAUAUUUGUUGAAAAUUUAAGUUACAUUAAGGAUUAUUUCGAAAUUUAUGUAAAAAACACCUCCCCCUAGUUUAACAUUUAAAAGUGAAGUUAUAAAAAUCUUUAUUUACGCCUCAAAAUUGUGUGCAAAAAAGAAAAAAACUUUUGCUAAUAGCAUGUCUAUCUACUACUUGAAGUCUUAACUAACUUUUCACUCUAUACUUUUGGUUUUAUUUUAGACUAAACAAAGAAGAAAAAAAAAAAAGAAAACUUUGUUCCAACAAACUUUUGUUUUUAGCAUUUUUCUCCUACAUUCAAUAAAUAAACCAUGUGUAAAUCAAAAAACGGACAUUAUUUGAAAAUUAUACAUCAAUCAAAUGUUAAAAGACAAACAAAAGCAAAAAAACUUUUUAAACAAAUAUAAAAAGUUUUAUAGGUAGAGGAGGUAUUUUAAAGGGAAAACUAUAAGAAAUGUUUAAAUGAUUUAUAGAAAAUUAAAUAAGUUAAUAAAUUUCAUUAAAAAAGUUACUAUUUAACUUUAUUUCUUUACUAAACUUAAGAUUUUUCUUCAAAAUUUAGCAUUUUCUGGUAGAAAUCUUAAACACAGCUUAAAUUACAAAUUUCAAAUUUUCUUUAAAAGAUUUCAAUUAAUUUUUUACAUUUCCAGUUUCUAGCUUGCUUUCUUUACAAUUUUAAACCUUAACUAAACUUUCUUUUAAUCUCUGUUUAACUUAGCCUUUAACUUAACGCCUAAAUGCCCCAAAUCCCCCAAAACAGGUUUCAACUACUUUUUUUUAUUCUUAAUUUUACCUAAAAAUUAAUAAAAUACAUAUAAAAACAUAAAAUAUAUAAAAACUGUUCGAAAAUUUUCAAAAGCUUAAAAAGAAAUACAAUAUGGCAUUUAUAUACAGAAAUUUAAAUAUAAAAAUUG